AUGGAACCUAGAAAAGAUGACGUUCGCUCUGCUGCUCAAAGCUCCAUUCGUGGGUCCUCAAGCUCAGCAUGUACCAGUUAUCCCAUUCCAGAGUACCCUGUUGCAGGCACCGUUAACCCUGUCCUUAAUUAUUCAAUUCAAACUGGGGAGGAGUUCUCUCUUGAAUUCAUGAGAGCUAUACCCAAGAAACAUCCUGUUCCUGGUAUGCCUCAUAAUCAGAAUGUCACAUCCAGUGCUGGUCACAAAGAUUCAAGAGUAAGCCUUGGUGCUCAUCGCACAGGAGGUGAAACUAGAUUUGAUGCAUCGAUAUUUCUGACCUCAGAUAACCAUCAACCAGAUGAGGUUGAAAGAAAACCUUUUUCUGAAAAUGAAAACAGAAGAAGGCACAUGUCAAGUACGUCAGUUCCACGAGUUCCAUCUGGUGGUGGAAGUAGUCAGGGACUGUCCCGUGGCUAUGCUUCUUCUGAGGCUUCCGAAACUUCCAGAAUGAUUAAAAUUCUCUGUAGCUUCGGGGGGAAAAUAUUUCCCCGACCGAGUGAUGGAAAGCUUAGGUAUGUUGGUGGUGAGACCCAUAUAAUUCGGAUUAGUAGGAAUGUUUCCUGGCAGGAGCUUAAACAGAAGACAACUGCCAUAUAUAAUCAACCUCAUGCUAUCAAGUAUCAGUUACCCGGUGAGGAUCUUGAUGCCUUGAUCUCAGUUUCAAAUGACGAAGAUUUGAGAAAUAUGAUGGAAGAAUGUGGUUUGCAUGAUGGAGAUGGGUCCCAGAAGCUUAGGAUAUUCCUUGUUUCUUCUAUUGAAUUUGAUGACAUGAGUUUCAGCCUGGGUAGUAUGGAUAGUGAUUCUGGGAUCCAAUAUGUUGCUGCCAUCAACGGGAUGGAUGGAAUAGCUGUGAAUUCAUCUAGUGGCCAGGGUUUAGUAAAUACAUCCAUGAAUGAACCCGAUCAGUUCAUUAAUCUCAAUUUUGAUAGUAGGCUGACAAACUUAAGCAGAGAUGGUUCAAAUUUGCAUGCAGUGAAUGCGUCUACUUUCAUGCCUCCAGAGAUGCUCUCAAGACCAAUGCCAUCAGCUCUAUACAGUGAUAAUACUGCAAAUUUGCGCUCUUACUAUAGCCAUGGGGUGCAGAAUUUGCAGGGUUCUGAUUACUCUAACCCAGCUACCAGUGAAAGAUUUCAUGAUAGUGAGGGCCAGAGGAUGCAUAAUUUGCAGGGUUCUGAUUACUCUAACCCAGCUACCAUUGAAAGAUUUCAUGACAUUGAGGGCCAGAUAUCUAUUCCUCUAUCUACACCUUCUGAUUAUAGAUAUACGUCCCAGUAUGCACCUUUCUCAGGAACUGCUUCACAGCGAUCUUUUGAUCAACAGUUUUAUCAGGAUGCUCAGACAGAAGCAUCAGUGAAGGAGGAAAAGAGGUUUUCUGGUAACAUGCCUAAUCAAAAUAAUGAACUAGAUUACUUUCAGUCGCUUGAAAAUCUCAGUGGCCAUACGAAGCAUCAUGACUCAUCUGCUUCAAACUAUAUGCAUUCAGGAGCCCCCCCUACUGCUGGUAUUCAAGAAGGUGUGACAUCUUCUCUUCAACCAAGUGACAGUGUCAAGAGCCUAGAGACUUGUUCCAUGCCAAGAGCUAGGUCGACAACACAGGGUUCAGAUAUCAGCGAAGAUGAUCGCCACUCUGGUGGAGCUUUUGCAUCUGGCUGUUCUGACUUUCAGGCUGACGUGAUAGAUCACAGCUAUAAGAAUCCGUCUCCUCACCCUGGGCGAGUUUUUCAUUCUGAGUGGAUUCCUAGGGAGCAAGCAGGCUUUCUGAACCGGCUAUCUAAAUCUGAAGAUUCGCUUAAUCCUGAACUUUUGAUUCGUCAAUCGCAGUCUGGCGUUGCAAGUGAACACAUUGCAGAAAAUAUUGACUCUGCAGAGGGGACUGAAAAACCAAAUUUAGCUGCCCAGGCUAUAAAUCUGAAUGAUCCAGCUGUCGAUGAUAGUCUCAUACAGUUUGAGAAAGGGUUUACCAACACUGUACAUCAAGUUUCUCCAUUUAGUGAACAUCUGCUUGGUGAAAAGAGGUCCUCAGAUGACACGAGCAAUAGAAAUGUGGACAAAGUUAGCCAUGCAGCUGAACAGGUUGCAGCUAAAGGCAAACUUGAUGAGGAAACUUCUCAAGAUGUAGAAACAACUAAUCAGCUGGGUUCUCAUGCUGCUGUGCCACAUCAUAUUAGUUGGGAUGCUCCUAAGCCAACACCGCCAACUGAUUGUGAAUACGAUCCUGUUGUACCAUGUUCCACCAGCUCUGUGGAUGUUUCUCACAAGGAAACUAUUAUCCCAAGCACACAGAAUAGAGACAUUGCUGGUAGUACAGAGAGGACCUCCCCUGACAUUCUUUCUGAUUUCUUUGCAAAUGCUAAUUCUUCAGCACAAAAUCUUGCACAAAAUGAGUUUCCAAAAAAGGAUGAGGCCCAAGAUCUGGCAAAGAUCGAGGAGGGUGUUUAUCCCUUAGAUCACUUAGAGCAUGAUACAACUAAUGUGAAGAAUUUGGCUCCUCAGAGUGAUGCCCCUGUGGAAGUGCCUCCAGUAGCUUCCCGCACCAAUGUUGAUCCUAGCAUUUCACUUCCAGGUUUUGUCUCAUCACAGAUUGACAAUCCAACGACAACGAAGAAUGUUGAAGGGUUCCAAGUUGAUAAUCCUUUUACAAAUAUGCAUGAAAUGAUGCCAUCUCAUCUGGAUUUUGAGGAACAGAAGACUGAAGAGGGUAGGGCUGUUGGACCAGUCAUGGAUGCUUCCUUUAAAGACAAUGAUUUUGAAUACUUGCAGAUUAUCAAGAAUGAAGACCUUGAAGAGCUUAGGGAACUUGGUUCAGGCACAUUUGGAACUGUGUACCAUGGAAAAUGGAGGGGCAGUGAUGUAGCCAUUAAGAGAAUAAAGAAAAGCUGCUUCACAGGACGGUCUUCAGAACUAGAAAGACUAGCGCACGAAUUCUGGCGAGAAGCUGAAAUUCUUUCAAAGCUUCAUCAUCCAAAUGUUGUGGCAUUUUAUGGCGUUGUGAAAGAUGGGCCAGGUGGUACAUUGGCAACCGUGACUGAGUUCAUGGUUAAUGGUUCUCUUCGACAUGUUUUGCAGCGCAAGGACAAAUAUCUCGAUCGUCGUAAGCGGCUUAUCAUAGCAAUGGAUGCUGCAUUUGGCCUGGAAUAUUUGCACUCGAAAAAUAUUGUGCACUUUGACUUGAAGUGUGAUAACUUGCUCGUAAAUCUUAAAGAUCAAUCACGUCCCAUAUGUAAAGUUGGUGACUUUGGCUUGUCCAAAAUAAAAGAAAUACCUUGGUUUCAGGAGGUUGAUGUAUUUUCUUUCGGUAUUGUUAUGUGGGAAAUCCUCACUGGCGAAGAACCAUAUGCCAAUAUGCACUAUGGCGCAAUUAUAGUUAGCACGUGCGUGACUCUUAGAACCUCCUUUGCAGGGGGCAUUGUAAACAACACACUGAGGCCACCUGUGCCAGCUUCAUGUGAUCCGGAGUGGAGAAGGCUCAUGGAGCAGUGCUGGGCUCCAGAUCCGGCACAGCGCCCAGCGUUCACAGAGAUUGCUGGACGGCUUCGCUCCAUGUCAGUUGCAGCAAAUCAGGCGAGGGCAACCAAAUAA